AUGGGACACAAGUGCAUCUCUAAACCCUCGCCCUUACAAACACUCAUCCUCUCCACUUUCCUCCUCUUCCACUUCAUCUCCCCUACCUCUGCCAGUGCCAUGCCAGGGCCUGACUAUGGAGGCCACCCGCGGUUCAUCUGCAUUCCCGUCCCUGUCGAUACCGACCCUGCCUGCUUCCCCUCUGGGGGGCCAGUCAUGGGGCCUGGGCCUAGCGGGGCAGGGCACCACGGGCCUCCUGUAGGGCCCCCGAACAGUAAUGGCUGGUGGGGGAUGACAGAGGAGGCUAAAACCACUAUUUUACACCUGAGAGAGAGCCUGGUGCAGCAGAAAGAGACCAUCCUGGAUAUGAGAGAGACCAUCAGGGAGCUGACCGCCAAGCUUACCCUGUGUGAGGGCUCCGGGCCGGGCAUGGGGGCUCACGACGACCACCAUGGACCUCCCUCUCAUCACGGAGGGGCUGGCAGCCAUCUGACUUACGCUGACAAUGGUCACCAUGGCAACAACAACCAUGCCUUGGAUGCAGCCGGGCACUACCCUGUAAAUGGGGGGCACCGGUCGGACAGUGGGCAUAACAACAGGGGGAAGGAUAAACACGCAACACCAGAGGAUAUGACAUCAUCAAAGUCGCCGGAGCAACUGGGCAGGAUGCUGCAGGCCUUAAAAGAGAGACUGGAUAACCUGCAGCAGUCAAGGAACACGUCCACCACCUACUCCAGCUCUCUGAAGGAGCUCCUCCAGAGGAAGAUCAGCGCUCUGGAGCAGCAGAUGCACCACACCACUGCUGCCCUCAGCAGCAGCCCCGAACAUCACGACGACAGCGAUCACCACGAUGACGGAUGCGGGCAUCACGACGAUAGUCACGAUGACGACCACCACGAUGAUCACCAUGAUGACGGGCACCACGACAACGAGGCAGAUAGCCAUGGUUACCUGCAGAGAACGGGUUAUCGCACACCAGGGCCCAGGGCUGGCCUGCACUCCAACAACAAACUGGACUCUCUACUGAAUAACCUGCACCACACAGGUACCAACAGCAGGAAGAAGACCAAGACCCCUGAUGCCUUCCAGAUCGGCUUCCCCAUGAGAACCAACUACAUGUAUGGGAAGGUGAAGAGGACCCUCCUCCAUGAGAUCUUCGCCCUGACCCUGUGUCUGUGGAUAAAAGGGGGCGCAGGCCCGGGUCUGGGGACCCCCUUCUCCUACUCUGUACCAGGACAGGCCAACGAACUGGUGCUGAUCGAGUGGGGCAACAACCCCAUGGAGCUGCUGGUGGAUGACAAGGCGGUGACCCUGCCUCUUUCUAUCAGCGAUGGGAAGUGGCACCAUGUGUGUGUGACAUGGUCGACGAGAGACGGUGAGUGGGAGGCGUACCAGGACGGGCUGAAGAGGGGCUCUGGGGAGAACCUGUCCGCUUGGCAUCCCAUCAAACCUGGAGGGGUCUUCAUCCUCGGACAGGAACAGGACACACUCGGAGGUCGUUUCGACGCCACGCAGGCGUUUAUGGGGGACAUCUCUGACCUCCAGAUGUGGUCUAAUGUCCUCACGGCCCAUGACAUCUACAGCCUGGCCUCCUGCAACAGCCACCUCAGUGGGGACGUCAUCACCUGGUCUGAGAACGUGGUGGAGCUCCACGGAGGGGUCACCAAAUACCCCUUCGACCCCUGUCACUAAGGGAAACCAACUAUUAUGACAUUACCAAUGGAUCCAUAUCACAUACAGACUUAAAAGUGCUCCUAUCGAAGAAGGAUUUUUUUCCGAUCCAGAGGAGGUAUGAGAUCACAUGAGAUAGAGGAUCCACUCCACUUAAUAUUACCACCUGACUCUAAAACUAUGCCUUCCUUUUAGUCUGAAAGACUGAAGACCCCCAUUCCCAGAGACUGUGUUAUGACUACUAUGGAAUUAAAAUGUUUUGAUAAUGAAAUGGACUAUAUAUACAGUGGGGGAAAAAAGUAUUUAGUCAGCCACCAAUUGUGCAAG